UGAACACAUUUAGAUUGAAAAUUCAUAACUCUGAAAGAAAGCUAAGAAAGUAUUUUUCUAAAACUGAAUAUACGAAAGGUAAUCUUGAAAACCAGGAACUCACUGCAAAGCCAUAUUUAUGUACUAUUUGUGGUUUACAAAUUGCUCAUUCAAGUUCUUAUACUGCACAUAAAAGAAUGCAUACAGGUGAGAAGCCAUUUGAAUGCUCGAAUUGUUUGAAAAAAUUUGUCUCCAGCAGUGCUAGAGCACUCCAUAUAAAGAAAAGAACUUGCUUCAAUACUGAUAAUAUUGAUAAUACUGAUAAAACACUGUAUUUGUGUUACACUUGUGGAAAAUCUCUUUCGAGUUCUGACUCUCUUGAUAGCCACAUGAAAUUACAUAGGGGAGACGCUAAACAUACUUGUCCAAUAUGUGAUAGAAGUUUUUCUCGCUGGGAUCAUUUGCAAUCGCAUUCAAGAACUCAUUCUGGCGAAAGGCCUUAUAAAUGUUCAUUUUGUGAUAAAGCUUUUGCUCAAUAUAGUACUUUACAAACCCAUCUCACAAUACACAAUGGAAAAUCAUAUACUUGUGACACAUGUGGCAAAAAUUUUCCUAGACCUUCUCAUUUAAAACAACAUCUAAUUACUCAUUCAGAGCAAAAACAUUUACAAUGUUCAUAUUGUGAUAAAAAAUUUCACUUUAAGAGAAGUUUAGUUUCUCAUGAAAAAAUACACCAAGGUAUAAAACCAUUUAAAUGUCAAUCAUGUGGCUCAAGUUUUACUCUUAAACAAUCUCUAAUUAGUCAUAUGGUAAUACAUACUGGAGAACGGCCGUAUUUAUGCAAUAUAUGUGGUCGUUCUUAUACACAGUCUGGAAGGCUUAAGAUGCACAUGAAGAGUGCUCAUGAAAGUGAAGAAGAGAUCAGGACAGACACAGAUGAAGGACCAAAAUUCAUAAUCAAAGAUGCAGAGAUUUUUGAAGAACCUAUUAUUGAUAACAACUUGCUGGAUCCAAAUACUUAUGAGAUUAUUAUUAAUAAUAAUGAAAAUUAUUUAGCUGCACCGCUCAUGGUCUUGACUUCAAAUAUGACAGAAGAAAUUUUAGGAGAGCAUGUUCAAUAUUGUUAA